GGGAACAGCUCCAAAUGAAUCUGGCGACGGGCGCCAUGGGCUCCCUGCUCCCCAAGCUGCUCGAGCUCCUCAAGGAGGAGUACAAAUUGAAGAAGAAGGUCAGGGAAGGCGUCGAGUCUCUUGAGAAAGAGAUGAAGAGCAUGUACGCUGCCCUCCGCAAGGUGGGCGAGGUGCCACGGGACCAACUCAACGAGCAGGUCAAGCUCUGAGCUGGGGAGGUGAGAGAGCUCUCCUUCAACAUGGAGGAUGUCGUUGACAAGUUUCUGGUGCGUGUCGAUGACAGCUCUGAUCCUGCCGCCAACUCGAACAAGAUCAAACGGCUCACCAAGAAGAUGGCCGGCUUGUUCACUAAGGGGAAGACUCACCAUGAGAUCGCGAACGCGAUCAAGGACAUCAAUAAGCAAGUCCAAGAGGUUGCUAGCAGGCGUGUACGGUACAAUGUCGACAAUAUUGUCACUAUGCCUGCAGGGAUGACUCCCAUCGACCCUCGCCUUCGGGCUCUGUACACCGAAGUGACAGAGCUUGUUGGCAUUGCUGGGAAAAGGGAUCAAGAGCUAAUGAAAUUGCUAUCAGAAGGAGACGACGAGUCCAAGAAAAAAUUGAAGAUUGUCUCCGUUGUCGGAUUUGGAGGAUUAGGCAAGACCACUCUUGUCAAAACAGUCUAUGACAAGAUAAAAGGAGAAUUUGGUUGCCGAGCUUUUGUUUCUGUCGGUCGAAAUGCUAGCGCAAAAAAGAUUUUGAUGGAUAUCCUUCUUGCUCUUGACAUGUACGAAAGCCAUUUCGCCAUAUUGGGUGAAACACAACUCAUCGACAAACUCCGGGAGCGUCUCGAGAACAAGAGGUACCUCAUUGUAAUUGAUGAUAUAUGGGAUGAAAAAUUGUGGACAAUUAUCAAUUGGGCCUUCUCUAAAAGCAACAAUUUUGGCAGUCGGCUAAUGACGACAACUCGUAUAUUCAGUGUAUCUAAAUUAUGCUGCUCAUCUACUAAUGAUUCAGUCUAUCAAAUGGAACCUCUUAGUGAUGAUGAUUCCAAAAGGCUCUUCUGUAAAAGAAUAUUUUCUCAAGAGAGUGGAUGUCCUCGUGAAUUAGAAGAAGUGUCCACGCGCAUAUUAAAGAAAUGUGGUGGAGUGCCAUUAGCCAUAAUUACUAUAGCUAGUCUUUUGGCUAAUGAUCAACAUCUAAAACGAGAGGAUGAGUGGCAUGUUUUGCUAGAGUCUAUUGGCCGUGGACUUGCCGAAGACCAUGUUGUUGAGGAGAUGAGGAGGAUACUAUCAUUUAGCUAUUAUGACUUGCCUUCUCAUUUAAGAACAUGUUUGUUAUAUCUAAGCAUGUUUCCAGAAGAUCAUGAGAUUAUGAAAGAUCAAUUGAUAUGGAUGUGGAUUGCUGAAAGUUUUGUCCAAUGUGAGAAAUUAAAAACUAGUCUCUUUGAGAUCGGAGAGACUUACUUCAAUGAGUUGGUGAACAGAAGCUUGAUCCAGCCGGUAUACAAUUUUCGUGGCUUUGUAUAUGCUUGUCGUGUACACGAUAGUGUGCUUGAUCUAAUUUGUUCAUUAUCAAGCGAAGAUAAUUUUGUUACCAUAUUGAAUGGUACCGAUGAAAGCAUUUCUUCUCGGAGAAAUGUGCGCAGGUUGUCCCUCCAAAAUACAAUCAAAGAAGAACAUCGAACAAUGCCUCUUAUUUCUGGGAGUAUAUUACAAGUGAGGUCCAUUGCCACAUUUAAAUCUGCUAUUGGUCUAUUGCCGCCUUUGUCGAGCUUCGCUGUUUUAUGUGUACUGGAUUUGACUGGAUGUAAUGUUGGUGAUCAUAACCAUCUAAACCUUCAAGAGUUGGGGACUUUAUUUCACCUGAGGUACCUAGGUCUAGCCGAUAUAGAAAUUUCUGAGGCCCCAGAAGUUGGAAAGUUACAGUUUUUACAGGUGCUGGAUUUGAGUGGAAAUUAUGAUAUAAAAGAACUUCCGUCGAGUGUUACCAAACUAAGAAGAUUGAUGUGCCUACUAACCGAGCCUCUCUGGAAUCUUCCAGAUGGGCUAGGAAAGCUGGCAUCAAUGGAAGUGCUGGGUGAAAUCUGUGGUGACUCUCUAUGCACUGUGAAAGCAUUGGGCAACAUGAAAACAUUGAGGAAGCUCCAAAUUAAAUUUAAUGACCUGAGCAUGGAGUUAGAGGAAGCGUUUAUGGAGUCACUAGGAGUUUCCAACAUCCAAAGUCUAGAAAUUGAUGCCAGUGGUGCUUCCAUGGAUCUCUUGGGGGAACGUUGGGUGCCCCCUAGCAGUCUCCGGGAAUUUAUCGCAGACAGACAUGGCAUAUUCUCCACGCUGCCUGCAUGGAUAAGGAGAAAUCCCUCACAUCUGUCGCAACUAUACGAGUUGCACAUAUGGGUCAAGGAAGUGGGGCAGGAGGAUCUGGAAUUCCUUGGAAGGUUAUCGGCUCUUCACCGUCUCACAUUACGAACUACCCGCCAAAGGAAGCUAUUCUUCAGUGCUGAUGGGUUCCGUUGUCUGACAACAAUCGUGUUGGUUUGUCGGUCGCCGGGCCAAAUCGUGUUCCUGCCAGGAGCUUUGCCCAAGGCUGAAACUGUCAAGUUUGAAAUCGGUUUGCGGGUCGCAAAAGAGGAAGCAGCUGGUAACGGUGGUGAUUGGUUUGACCUGGGCAUGGGACACUUGAUGUCCCUUCAGAAGGUUCAUGUCCGAUUCUACACCUCCGGGGUGAUGGUCGGCGAGGUCAAGCAAGCGCGGGCUGCGCUGGAGAACACACUCCAUGCCCACCCUAACCGUCCCGUCUUUGGCGUCUUCUUCAUCCCGAACAUAGUACACGGUACGUAAUUAA